UUCGCGCAGCAACCGGAAGCAGUAUUAUGGUAAUUACCCACAACCGCCUGCUUCAGUCGAGAAGUUUUUCGUUUGUUUAUUGACUGAAUUCAGGAGGUAUUUCGCAUUUUUUUUUGAGCGUUUUUAUUUCUUUUCUAAAUAUCUUGUAAAAGAGCUGCAAUGGCGCAGUAUAAAGGAGCGGCAAGUGAAGCGGGGAGAGCGAUGCAGCUCAUGAAGAAGAGAGAAAGAGAGCGAGAACAGCUCGAGCAGCUCAAACAGAAGAUAGCAGAGGACAAUAUGGUGAAGUCCAACAUUGAUAAAAAGUUCUCAGCUCAUUAUGAUGCUGUGGAGCAAGAGCUCAAGUCCAGCACUGUUGGUCUGGUGACACUGAAUGACAUGAAAGCGAAGCAGGAAGCUCUGGUCAAAGAACGAGAGAAACAGCUUGCCAAGAAGGAGCAGUCAAAAGAGCUACAGCUGAAGCUUGAGAAACAGAAGGAGAAGAAAAGAAAGGAAGAGCAGAAAAGGAAGAUUGCCAGUUUAUCCUUCAAUCCAGAUGAAGGCGCGGAAGAAGAGGAGGAAGAGGAAACUGAGGAGGAGAUUUGCAUACCUGCAAAGAAGAAAAAACUAGGGAAGAACCCAGAUGUGGACACCAGUUUCCUGCCAGAUAGGGACAGAGAGGAAGAAGAAAAUCGUUUAAGAGAGGAACUCAGGCAGGAGUGGGAAAGAAAACAAGAGAAGAUCAAAAGUGAAGAAAUUGAAAUCACUUUCAGCUACUGGGAUGGCUCAGGGCAUCGAAAAACUGUCAAGAUGAAGAAAGGCAGCACAAUUCAACAGUUUCUCCAAAGAGCCCUGGAAGUUUUGAGAAAAGACUUCAGUGAGCUGAGGUCAGCAGGAGUGGAGCAUCUAAUGUAUAUUAAAGAGGAUUUGAUAAUCCCACAUCAUCACAGUUUCUAUGAUUUCAUUGUGACUAAAGCAAGAGGCAAAAGUGGGCCCCUUUUCAGUUUUGAUGUGCAUGAUGAUAUUCGGCUGGUGAACGAUGCCACAGUUGAGAAGGAUGAGUCUCAUGCGGGAAAAGUGGUGCUGAGGAGCUGCACUCCCUCAGCUGCUGUUGUUUUCACUCCCAACCCUUUGCCUACCUCCUCCCCCACCGUUCCACCCCUUCCGCUUUCACUCAACUGA